AUGCAUCUUCCCUUUCUUCAGCUGCUGCUGCUUCUGCCUCUAGGGAAGGCUGCAAGGCACGGGGAUGGCCGCCAGAGUAAAAAUUCUGUUUCUCUCUUGCUCCUAGAAAGGUAUCGCAGAGAGCUGUCCUUGGGCAACCAUGAGGAAGCUGAGGAGAAGCCAGAUCUCUUUGUGGCAGUGCCACACCUAAUAGGUGCCAGCACUGCAGGGGAAGGCCAGAGGCAGAGAGAAAAGAUGCUAUCCAGGUUUGGGAGAUUCUGGAAGAAGCCUGAGAGAGAGCUGCACCCACCCCAGGGCUCAGUCAAUGAGCAAUUCUUCCCUGGGACCCAGGGUCUCACUCAACCAGAGGAUGGGAUGCCAAUGGAGAAAUCUCCUCUUCGGGAAGAAGCCAAGAAAUUCUGGCACCAUUUCAUGUUCAGAAUGAGCCCAGCUUCUCAGGGGAUCAUCCUGCCCAUCAAAAGCCAUGAAGUGCAUCGGGAGACCUGUAGGACAGUGCCCUUCAGCCAGACUAUCACCCAUGAAGACUGUGAGAAAGUGGUUGUACAGAACAACCUUUGCUUUGGAAAAUGCGGGUCUGUUCGUUUUCCUGAAGCUGAGCAGCACCCCUACACCUUCUGCUCCCACUGCCUGCCUGCCAAGUUCACCACGAUGCACUUGCAGCUCAACUGCUCUGGCCUGGCCCCCGUGGUCAAGCUGGUGAUGCUGGUGGAGGAGUGUCAGUGCAAGGUGAAGACAGAGCAACAGCAUGGCCACCCCGAACAGGCUGGCUUUCAGGCAGAAUUUCACGUCCAGGAUCCCUUUAUCCCAGGACUAUCAACAUAAAAAAAGCCAUACCACUAUUAUCAGCAAAGUUGCUGAUUAUUCAGUCUGCAAUGUUAAGUGGGUAUGUAAUAUUUUAAGAGAAAUGUGGUUUACAAAGUAAGAACGAUUUAGAGGUCAUGGCAUUCAUCUAGUUAUCGGUGCACAUUUGGGAUCUGGUCUUGACUCUGCCGCUAACUGGCUGUAGGAUGUUAACAAGUUGCAGAAGCUUUCUCCCCCUUAAAUUUUUCAUCCAUAAAGGAGGGACUUGAACUAGACGAUUGCUAAGGUCCUUUCCGCUA